GGCAAUCCCAACUCUCGAUGCGGGCCCUGAAGGCAGCAGCGGAGCAGGCGGAGCAGCUGAGGGUCUCUCGGAGCGAUCUGAUCAAUUAAUCAGUUGAUGAUUGGUGGCUCAUCAGCUGAUGGGGUCACAGUGACAGAAUUUAUCGAGUGCAACAACAGACCAAGCAUGGACUCUGAGGCCACGCCCACAGCCUGCAGGACUCCUCCUCAUUGGCCAUGGUAGCCUAGCGGACGGCACAGCGCCUGAGAUGGAACAACUGAACGAGCUGGGUUUAGGGGCGAGGCUGGAAGUAGAAGAAUCUGUUUGUUGGGCAGAGGAAACAGGAUAUCGUGAGGAGGAGAAGCUUUGUCUUAAACCUAAACCAACCAAGGAGGAUGUUGUGGUUUCCAUGGAGACUAGGAGGGUGGUGGAGGAGGAGCAAUGGAGGCGGCUGUUCCCUGACAUCAGGAAGUGCUCGGUUGUCAUCGUCCGUCCUCCUGCAGAGCAGCUGAAGGUGUGGAACCUGAGAGGAACAGAGAGGAGGAGUAGCAAACGGGUGAGAUCACGUGACCUGAUGUUAAACUGGGACUGGAUGGAGCCGCUGGAGCCAGAGAACAGCGGCAGCAGUGCAAAAAGGUUCGUUAAAAAGGUGGAGGUAAAAAUUGCAGCUGAGCGCGCCUCUGAAGACGAGACCGGAAAACCUAAGAGCACGCUCAGGCUGACACACUGCCUAGAAGCAGCCUCUGACUCCGCCCACUGCCACCUGCACAACAGUGACAGAGAUGACCUCAGCAAGGAGCUGCCCCAGAGGGACCACAACUACUGCCUGGACUCCAACCCACCUGAGGGGAACAGCCAAUCAGAAGAGACCAGUUUGAUGUCCAGGCUGCCGUCCAGGUGUGGACAGAAAGACGGAGACGGCUGCUGCUUGCCUGCAGAGAAGAAGAAUGUUCCCAGCGUGGUGCUGAGGAAGCUCACAGGUGAUCAGUGGAUCCUCAGGAGUGCAACAAUUAAAAAAGAAGAGGAGGAGGAGGAGGAGAAGGAGGCAGUUCAGAUAAAGAACCGGAAGAGGAGGGAAGAGCUUUCACCCUCAGGCCGAAAGAGGCGUCGCCAGGCCUGCGGAAAGUGCGCCGCGUGCCUCCGGAAGAAUUGCGGGAAGUGCACCUUCUGCCUGGACAUGAGGAAGUUUGGUGGUCCAUGCCGCCUGAAGCAGAAGUGUGUGAUGAGGCGCUGUGUGGUGGUGAAUGCCCGGAACAAAUGGUCCAAACUGCCAAACCUCAUCCAGGUCGGAGAGGGCAUGGAACCAUUGGACCAAAUCCAGGCCAGAGAGGAGACUGGUUCCACGGAUGCUCAGCCAGAGUCCAGUCACUGGAGGGGAUGGAGAAAAUGGAGACAUGAGAGGGAUUCAGCAGGAGGAAGGGAGGAGGUGAGGAAGAAGAGGUGGAUGAGGAGGAGGAGGAGGUGGGGACAAAAGAGAGGAACCACAGAGUCAAAGAUCAGAAAAGAGUUGGACGGUCUGCUGAUGAAGGAGGAGGAGGAGGAGGAGACACAGCCCUCUCAGUUUCCAAUUAGCACUGGACCUUCAGUACCAGGUGGACCAUCUGUACUAUCAGGACCUCUGACUGGGACGCACGUGCAGUUGAACCUGACUCUGGACACUGGCCACCUGUCCUCCAACAUCCUGUCUGACUCCGCCCUUACCUGUCUGUCAGGCCUGCUGCCUCAGGAGGGAUCUGUCCUCCAUGUUUCCACAGGCCUCACCUUUAUCCCUCCUCCUCCUCCUCUUUCUCCUGCUCCUCAUUCUGCUGCUGCCAUCCAACCACUGCAGUUGAAGGAGGAGGAGGAGCCUGUUGGGAUUGAGCUGUAUGGGAGGAGUGGAGGUUUUGGAGAGCAGGAGAAGACCGAGCAGGAAGUAAGGACUGGAAUAUCAGAGACAGGACAGUACUACGAAGUGGAGAUGGAGCUGCCGGACCCUGACUGUGACCAGUGCACGCUGCCCACAGUGUCGCCGCUGCCCUCUGACAUCACUCAGCCUGCCAGCACCUGUGACAUCACCUACAAACGCCCAGAGUUCAUCUCAUUGAACCCGGAGUGUUUUAGCCUGCUAAGAGGCGGAGUCAGGAAUGCUGUGCCAGAUGGGUGGAGCUUGUUACGCCUGCUGAAGAUGCUGAGGAGGAUGGUGCUGCCGGCUCAUUGGGUGGCUGUUCUGGCUGAAGGACCGGAGCUGCAGCUGCUGCAGUGCUCCAGGCUGUCCUCCAUGGCCGACACCAUCAUCCACGUCCAAUCAGAUCACAGCUUCCACAUCAGCGUUCAGACCCGGCUGCUUCCGGAUUCUCACCAAGUCUACAAGGAGCAUGCUCACAGACUUGCUCACCUGAGCCAGCUGGUCACCCUACUGCUGGAUCUGGAGCGACUCACCAUCUGCCAAGGCUUCAGGGUCCAGUCCCCUGGCUGUCUACAGCAGGUACGAUCAGCAGGCUGCCACCUACUGGUGGCUCCACCCUUCCACACCUGCUUGGCCUGCCUCCUGGAGGAGGAGUCAGAGGAGGACGAGGAGUCAGAGGAGAGAGAUGGAACCAUGGUAAUAGAAUUCUGACUGCUGAUCUGGACUUCACAGUGGGUAACUAUUUGAAUAAAUGCAGUGUUAUAAAAGUGCCUCAUCAAGUUAAGCAAGGACUUCUGGGUGAUGGAGUCCUCAAUUCUCCAGCAGCUGUUGGUCCAAACGUUUCUACCUCAGUGUGUUUUUACUACUGUACAGAGCUUAAAAACCUCCCGUAGACCCGAGUUCUACAGAACAGAGUCUGGUCCGGUUUGAAGCAGAAAGGACAAAUAGUGAAGUAACAGCCUGGACAGGGACUGAAUGUUUGUUUUAUGAUAAAGAGAUUUUUGUACCUUUGAUACGUUUAUAAAGAGUUUUUUCCAGAA